AUGGCUGACCCAAUGACACAAGAUUCAUUCCCCGUCCCGGAUCCCACAAUCGUGGAUCCUUCGGCUGUACGGAACGGCGGGUGCCCUCCUCAUGCGAAUCUAUCCAAAAAACCGAGUCAGGACGACCCUUUUAACAUGGACCGGGACCAAGAGAUGAGAAUCAGCGACAGCGUUGAUGGUCAAGGUAGUAAGUAAUUCAGGGAUUACAAACUUUAUUGUUGUAAAAGUAAAUCCUCACCUUGAGGUGAUUGAUGUGCGCUUCUGGAGUUUAUAGAAUCUGGAAAGUGGUUUUGAUAAAUUAUUAAUUUGGUAAAUUAUUAAUGUGUUGCUAUAAUAACUUAUGUGCAUAACAUCAGAGACAUGGAAAUUUGGCAAAUAAAUUUGAGAUAAAUAAUAGGCAAGCAUCGCUGUCUCUAUAGAGCUCUCUUCUUGUCAAGGUGUUGUGUCUGACAUUACCUAGGCUAUUCCUUCCAGAUGGAUCACCAAAACCCUUAUGUGAAUUUGUAGACGUUAUCAAACAAUAAAAAAAAUGAAUGUACAUUUUGAACCAGAACUCAAUGUGUGAAAUCUUUUUUAGAGAGAGAUAAUAAGAUGCGGUGGUUAUGAAAAUGCCCUCAAUGUUCAGAAGUUUUGUCUCACACACACACACACACACACACACACACACACACACACACACACACACACACACACACACACACACACACACACACACACACACACACACACACACACACACACACACACACACACACACAUAAGGUCUAAACAUAACCUAUGCUAUACAGUAUGCUUGAGAUCGCUUUCACAAGUUUUAUCAUAAUCCCUUUGUUAUCCCCAUGGAUAAUUGUAUAGAAACAAAUAUUCUAACAUAGAUAUGACCAAGACCCCUAUCAUAACAUUCCAACAUAGAUAUAACCAAGACCCCAAUCAUAACAUUCCAACAUGGAUAUAACCAAGACCCCAUUCAUAACAUUCCAACAUAGAUAUAACCAAUACCCCAAUCAUAACAUUCCAACAUAGAUAUAACCAAGACCCCAAUCAUAACAUUCCAACAUAGAUAUAACCAAGACCCCAAUCAUAACAUUCCAACAUAGAUAUAACCAAAACCCCAAUCAUAACAUUCCAACAUAGAUAUGACCAAGACCCCAAUCAUAACACUCCAACAUGGAUAUAACUAAGACCCCAAUCAUAACAUUCCAACAUAGAUAUAACCAAGACCCCAAUCAUAACAUUCCAACAUAGAUAUAACCAAGACCCCAAUCAUAACAUUCCAACAUAGAUAUAACCAAGACCCCAAUAAUAACACUCCAACAUGGAUAUAACCAAUACCCCAAUCAUAACAUUCCAACAUACACUUUAUAUGACUGGACACAUAAGCAAAAUCUUUUUUAAUAUGACUCAAAUUGGUAGCCUACUCUGCUGACACUGACAAACAGAUCAGUAAAAACGACCGUGUCUUGAAUGCAACUAUCUAAUCCAGGCUUACAAAAAGGGGAGACACAAAUUGACAUCCAUUACAUUUUUACAUUUUAGUCAUUUAGGAGACGAUCUUAUCCUGAGCGACUUACAGUUAGUGAGUGCAUACAUAUUCAUACUGGCAUCCAUCUAGCCUGGAGGAGGAAAUUGUCCCUAUAAGUGCCUAUAAGACAGACUACUGUUCUCUCAAUUGGAAGUUCAACAUUUUGAUAACUAGAGACAGAUUAGAGUCUUUUCCUUGUUUUGUCUUUUCAGCAAAAGCCAUUUGCUUUCUAAACUAUGUUUCCUACGAUUGUAUUUUGAAAUAUUGUGAUAGGCCUAUUUAACUGCUUUUCACUGACCGCUGCAACUCAAUCAAUCAAUCAAUCAAUCAAUUUUAUUUUAUAUAGCCCUUCUUACAUCAGCUAAUAUCUCGAAGUGCUGUACAGAAACCCAGCCUAAAACCCCAAACAGCUAGUAAUGCAGGUGUAGAAGCACGGUGGCUAGGAAAAACUCCCUAGAAAGGCAAAACCUAGGAAGAAACCUAGAGAGGAACCAGGCUAUGAGGGGUGGCCAGUCCUCUUCUGGCUGUGCCGGGUGGAGAUUAUAACAGAACCAUGCCAAGAUGUUCAAAAAUGUUCAUAAGUGACAAGCAUGGUCAAAUAAUAAUCAGGAAUAAAUCUCAGUUGGCUUUUCAUAGCCGAUCAUUAGAGUUUAAAACAGCAGGUCUGGGACAGGUAGGGGUUCCAUAACCGCAGGCAGAACAGUUUAAACUGGAAUAGCAGCAAGGCCAGGCGGACUGGGGAUAGCAAGGAGUCACCACGGCCGGUAGUCCCGACGUAUGGUCCUAGGGCUCAGGUCUCUCAGUUGGCUUUUCAUAGCCGAUCAUUUAGAGUUGAAAACAGCAGGUCUGGGACAGGUAGGGGUUUCGUAGCCGCAGGCAGAACAGUUGAAACUGGAAUAGCAGCAAGGCCAGGCGGACUGGGGGCAGCAGGGUGUCAUCAUGCCCGGUAGUCCUGACGUAUGGUCCUAGGGCUCAGGUUCUCAGAGAGAAAGAGAGAACGAGAGAAUUAGAGAGAGCAUACUUAAAUUCACACAGGACACUGGAUAAGACAGGAGAAGUACUCCAGGUAUAACCAACUAACCCCAGCCCCCCGACACAUAAACUACUGCAGCAUAAAUACUGGAGGCUGAGACAGGAGCGGUCCGGAGACACUGUGGCCCCAUCCGAAGAAACCCCCGGACAGGGCCAAACAGGAAGGAUAUAACCCCACCCACUCCGCCAAAGCACAGCCCCCGCACCACUAGAGGGAUAUCCCCAACCACCAACUUACAAUCCUGAGACAAGGCCGAGUAUAGCCCACAGAGGUCUCCACCACAGCACAAACCAAGGGGGGGGGGGGCGCCAACCCAGACAGGAAGAUCACGUCAACAAUCAGCUAGCCUAUUUGGUAAGCUAUUUGCUGCGUGCGCUGCCCAAAUUGUGCGCUUAAAACAAUCCACAGUUAAUUUUUAAAAGAUGCUAAUGAUCCUCUGUGGCCAAAUCAUGCUCUCUGGUGUAGUAUUUUGAAUGAUUUCAUUUAUUUAUGUAUAGGCGCAAGUAAUUUAUAUAGCUACUUUUGGCAAAUGUAAUUAAAUUUACUUUAGGGGAAGCUAACUUCCCCUGGCCUAUGCCAACAUCAAUGUGAAAGUAACCAGUGAAUAUAACAGUUGCUGGCUGCAAGGCUUACAAGGCCGAGUUCAAAUGCUGACAUCAAAUUCAAUUGGUGCACUGCCUGACUGUCUGGCACGGCUCUGCUCCCUGACAGAAAGGCAUCAGGCUGGCAGCUGCUCUCCGAGCUGAUCUCUGCAUGGUCCUAAAGCCAUCCACCCAACCAAUACUCUAAACAGCCAUUGCAUUUUAAUCAGGACUGGAAUGAUUUUCGUCUUCCUAUAUGUAGCCUACAUUUACAUUUUUGGUCUUGAGCUAGGGUUAGGCCCAGCCAUACCCAACUGAGGCCUCUGUCAUAGGGUGACCAGAGCAGAUGUAAUGAGAUGGUAACUAAAGAGAGUCUAUGUAGGAGUACUGUACACAGAAAAAAAAGGCGCUUGCUAGAACCUAAAAUGGUUCUUCAGUGGUCCCCAUAGGAUAACAUUUUGAAUAACCCUUUUUGGUUCCAGGCAGAACCCUUUUGGUUCCAGGUAGAACAAUUUUGGUUCCAGGUAGAACCCUUUUGGGUUCCAUGUAGAACCCUUUCCACAGAGGGUUUUAAAUGGAACCCAAAAGGGGGACAGCCGAAGAACUCUUUUGGAACCCUUUUUUCUAAGAGUGUAGGUGCUGAAGCUCUGGCUGGCCAGGUCUCUAAUGAGGCCCAGUCAAUGCGUUAGAGAGCCUUAAUGAUGCUCGUUGCCCAUAGGGAUGAGUCUGAAGCAUAGCGACUGGAAAGAGAUGAGAGACAGGGACAUCAAGGAGGAAAUGUUUUUGAACGGUUUCAAUUAAAACAGUAGAGCCUCUCUGCCCCCCAUCUGUUAUAUCAUGUGUUACCUGGAAUCACCCCAACCAAUUCAUUCAGUGCUUUGAAUAAUUUAUGCGUUUUUAAUUGACAGCUGGCAAUACAGGGGACUGUGGGGAGGAGUGGAAUGUCAGAGUGAAUUGAGAUUGUUGGAACCACCUUUUAAAGCAGGUUGACAUUUUAUUGUCAUGAGUCUUGUCCUGGAGGCAGCACUGAACGAUUUCCCCUUAGAUAGAUCAGCUGCAAAGUCAAAACUGGCUAUACUGUAAAAAAUCUUGAAAUUUUUUUGUGCUUAAUUUAAGGUUAGGUUUAGGCAUUAGGGUUAGCAGUGUGGUUAAGGUUAGGGAUAGGCUUAAAAUCAGAUGUUAUGACUUUGUGGCUGUGCUAGCUAGUAACCAGCUGCCUCCAGAACAAGAUUCAUGACGAAAAAUCCUAACCUGCCCUUUUAAAAGGGAGGGUUCCAUGGGUUUUUCAGAAAAUGUGUUAACAUUCUAUUAGGGAGAUUACGGUCAUAGCCUAGCGUGCCAUUGGAAUCUAAUCACAUAUUCAUUAGAGGGCGAAAAUUGGAAUUACUUCCAAUUUGAGUAUGUUUAAGAUUAUGAACAUGUAGUGAGGUAAUCUAGUUAAUCCACAAAAACCAACAUGGAUUGAAAAUCAAUGUAUUUCUAUGGUAUUAAUUAAACACACGCUUAAGACAAGGGUUCUUUGUAAAGCAAGUUCUACCUAAAACCUUUUUCUCCUAAGAACCAUUUUUCGAAGAAAGGGUUCUUUGAUGAUUCUUUGGAAGGCAAGAUGGGUUCUACAUAGAUCCCUUCUGAAUAAGAUUUUUUACUGUAUUUGUUUUCUUUCUUUUAAAUAGUGCCUGAGCAUUAGUGUUUACCUCAGUGUUUAAACUUUAACAUCAGGGGUUUGAGUAAUCUGGUAAAUUUAAAAAGAGGUGUGUGAAUGUUUUAAACUGUACCUAUAUGGGAAUAUUUGUGCACAUAUCUGGUAUUCCCUUAAUAAUUUAUAGCAGGUUGAUUUUCAGAAUUGUUUAUUUAAAUAUCUGUGUUUUUGCUAAAAUUGUAGUUAUUUAUCUUUGUGUAGCAUAAGAUCAAUCAAUCCAGUUUACAUCAUUUAGGUAGUCUCAAUAAUCAAUCUUCCCUACCCUGGCAGUUAAUCUGAAUUCAGGUUGCAUGUUGGAUAUUGUAUCUUUGGCUGGAUUCCAAUAGGAAUUACACAUCACUUUGUAAACCAGCAUAAUGUGACUUGCAGGCCUAAUAUGGCCUGUAAACCAGUAGUUUCCGACCUUCAUAGAGGGUUCUAGGUAGAACCUUUAGAGGAUAAAAGGCCAAUUUUUGUCGUAGCUAAUGGUCGGGGGGCCGGAAAAUAAUGACAAUACACAGGACACUGCAAAUUGACCACAACUAAGCCCAAAAAGAGAUUGUGUUUGAAAAUAACAAUCAUUUCAUACACCUUGAUUGCAUUGAGCCACGAUCACAUAUGUCCAUUUGUUAAAUACAUUUUUUAUUUGUGGGAAUACUUGGAGACAGAUUUCUUAUAUAAAAACGUUGGGUGAACCAAGAAUAGUUUCGGCCCGCGAGUCGCCUCUUGCUGACCCCUGCCCUAUGUGGACAAACCAAAGAACACUAUAUGGUUCUACUUUGCACCUUUUUUUCUAAAGUCGUAGUCAGCCUACAUACUGUGAUCUUUACCCUCCAUAAUUCUGGGAAAAGGAAAGUACGAAUCAUCCAAUGUAUGCAGUUUAUCAUCAAAUGUAGGGUCAGUAUCUAUGAUGUUUGUGUGUGUAUGUCUGUGUAUGUGUAUCUGUGUGUGUGUGUGUGUGUGUGUGUAUGUUUAUGUCUGUUUAUGUGUAUGUCUGUGUGUGUGUGUGUGUGUAUGUGUGUGUGUGUGUGUGUGUGUGUGUGUAUGUCUGUGUGUGUGUGUGUGUGUAUGUCUGUGUGUGUGUGUGUGUGUGUGUGUGUAUGUCUGUGUGUGUGUGUGUGUAUGUGCUGUGUGUGUAUGUGUGUAUGUCUGUGUGUGUGUGUGUGUGUGGUGUAGGUCUGUGUGUGGUGUGUUGGUGUGUGUGUCUGUGUGUGUGUGUUGUGUGUGUAUGUCUGGUGUGUGUAUGUGUGGUCUGUCUGUGUGUGUUGGUGUGUGUGUGUGUAAGGUCUGUGUGUGUGUAUGGGUGUAGUUCUGUGUGUGUGUAUGUUUAGAGGAAGUGAGUGAUAGAGCAGCAGGGAAGAAUGCAGCUUCGUUCAACUCACAUGAUCCACAUCUAGGAUCAGCAGAGGAAGCAUGUGCCCAACAACCUCCCCUCCAGCCAUGCACGCAAACACACACCACACUCAUGCACCCCCCCCCCCCCACCCGCGCGCGAGACACACACACACACACACAUGCCACACGCGCGCGAGCAACAAACACAAACAAAACAACACACCACACACACACACGCGCAUGCACACGCGCGUGAGCACACACACACACACACACACACACACACACACACACACACACACACACACAACACACACACACACACACACACCACACACGCGCGCAUGCACACGCGCGUGAGCACACACACACACACACACACACAGAGAGAGAGCUGCUAUUAACUCUAUCCUAUAAGAACUGUAUGGAGCUGGGGCAUGUGACUCUGCACCACCAAUUAGCCUACUCUUCUUAAAGCUGACCUAAAGACCACGAUGCGAUGUAGGGUAAGGGGGAUUUUGCACUUUACUUUCACCCCUGACUGACUCGGUUCGAGACUCAUCCCUGAGGACACUUGAACAUGUGAUUCCCUUUGAUUUCCAUUUGGAAGAACUAAUGUUGCUGUAACACAGCUAGACAAGCUGAUUUUAGGUCAGAGUUCAACAAGUGAUCAGAUCUGUGUGGUCCUGAUAACAUUCCUGCCUCCCACUGAACUCAAAUCAAUGCAUGAAAGGACUGAGAUAUGAGCUGGUAAAUAUUUCACUACGAUUGUACGCAACUUUACGAUCUCCAGUCAGUCAGCAUGUAUAAAGGGCUAAGAGUCUCAGUGCUCAUUCACACAAACCCACAUGGCAAUGAAGAGGGAAGCACUGGCAGAUUCAUAAUCCCAACAUCUAGUAUUGAGGGUCUCUGUGCUGUAAGUCUCUUUCUCUCUCUCUCUCUCUCUCUCUCACCUCAUCUCUCUCUCUCUCUCUCUCUCUCUCAAACGAUCCCCUCUCCUCUCUCUCUUCCUCUCGGUCCUCCCCUCUCCUCAUCUCUCUCUCUCUCCUCCUCUCUCUCGCUCUCUUCUUCUUCCUUCUUCUUCUAUUCUUCUUUCUCCUUUCUUUUCUUUCUUCUUUCGUUCUUUUCUUUCUUCUUUCUUUCUUUUCUUUUUCUUUCUUGCUUUCUUUCGUUGAUUUCUUCCCUUUCUCUUUCUUUCUUCUCUUUCGUUCUCUUUCUUUCUUUCUUAUCUGUAGCUGUGUUGUACCUCACUGGGAUUCAUGCACACUUUACCUUCCUACAACACUGCAAAUUACAUCUUCAACAGCCAAGUGCUUUCUGGGGGAAGGGGAAGGAGGAGAACUAACUCCAUUGUGGUUUGAAGCGGUGUUAAUUAGCCCUUGUUGUAGCACAUUGUUCACCUCCUGCCUUUGGCUAGAUGUGCAUGGGGAUAGCCAUUAAUCCCAGUUUCUCACCUCUCCACAGGCCUGCUGGAGAGCAGCAUGCGAUUAAAGCCCCACGAGGCUCAGAACUACAGGAAGAAGGCAUUGUGGGUGUCUUGGAUCUCCAUCGUGGUGACAAUCAUCCUGGCAGUGGCAGCCUUCAGUGAGUACAUACCAUUCAAUGGUAUCCUUUAA